AAGGAGAUCCGUACAUUUGCGCAUGCGCAUGUUGUUGUUGGCGUAGCGAGCACAGUCAGCGUGACUUUAAUUGUUCUGUCACGGUGUUUUGAGACAUAAUUAUAGGUUUGUGUGUGCCAAAGGUUAGCAGAGGGUGUCAUUUAUCAGAAAUGGCUCUCAGAAGGUGUUGGAGGUUUGCAGGAGUUGUCCCGCGGCUGAUAUGGACCACGACUGUCCUGCCAGGAGCUUCUGUCUCUGGAGGACGAGGCUUUGUAUCAAACAUUAUUAACACUCACCCCGGGUGCAAAAGUGAGUUUCACGAUUUUUAUAGCGUCCCUAUAAUAAUCCGUACAAUAGGAAUGCUAAUCUGUCGUCUAUGCUGGAAUACAAGGUCAAGAUCUGAAAUGAUCUAUGUUGUCUGCUGUUUGUGUCGCUUCCAGUCUCAGUGUUACUGCCCCGCAGGUUCAGCUCAGGGUCAACCAGCACCGAGGUGGACUAUGAGGAGCUGAAGAAGCUUCUGGCUGCUCGGAAAUCUGUAGUUAUCGAUGUGAGGGAGCCAUGGGAGCUGAGGGAGUACGGCUUCAUCCCCGGGUCCAUUAAUGUCCCCUGUGAGUGUCAUUCUGCUGAAAUACUCUGGGAAUCAUGAAUGGGUUUGUCAGACAAAGUCGUCUCAUUAGUUACAACAAAACACUUAUUUACAACCUCAGAGUUGUCUGAAGGUGAUGAACCAGUUAGAGGGUGCCAACUCGAAAAUCACUAAUAUUUUAAUUCAGACAAUACAUUGAAUUGGCCAUGUCUCUCCUCCCCAUACCAAGUCGUUGAAUAGACUAUCCUGAGUGCAACCACAAUUUAUCUGUAUAUCCACCUAUAAUAGGGGCCUAAUGAAUUCUAUUACUAAUUUCAGUAUGCAAUUUAUGUUUGUUACUGUUUUUUGGUGAACUGAAAAAGGAAUAAGAAAAGUUAUUGGAAAAAUUGUGUGAAAAUAGUUUGAUAUGGAGGACAUCCACAAGUCUGCCACAAUACUGUGCACAUUGGGUGCUAUAUAUUUAUUUUGGUUUUUGUAUUUUUCUUCUUCUUUUAUCUCCUUAUGUGACUCUGAUUUUGUGUGUAUUAUUUUGUGUAAUAAAUGUUUAUACAGAAAAUGAAAUUGUUGUACUCUGUGGCAAAUGGAAAUAAAAACUGAAUAUGUUCUGAGAAAAAAAAAUAGACUACCUUGUUACGUUGCAUACCCCUCCAUGCACAUAAGGGAGUAUUCAUGACACCUCUGUGUGUUAAAUGUUAUGUGCUUCUCUGAUGUUGUAGUGGGACAGGUGAACACUGCUCUCCAGCUGGAUCCAGAUGAUUUCAAAGAGAAGUAUGGUGGUGAGAUGCCCCAGCAGACAGAAAACAUCGUAUUCACAUGUCUGGCAGGGGUCAGGAGCAAGAAAGCUCUCAACACAGCUGCUUCACUGGGAUACAAUGAGUGAGAUGUUUUCUUUGCAUCCAUAAAAAUGAUUUUUGUUUUAACCUUAAGGCCAUUGCUUAUGUGACUGUUGGUGGCAAGUUUUUUUGCUGUUGUUUUUGCAAGAGUUUGGUUUUCAUUUUAAAGUCUAGAGAAUGAUAAAAGAUGCAUUUUUCACCACAAGACAAAAUCACAUUUCACCUCUUCAGGUGUUUUAGCUAUCCUUGCACAAUGUUGGGACAUAAUUCAGUAUUCUUCUGAGGACUACUCAUAUGACUGAUUGAAAAUCAAGGAAAUCGAGCCUAACAAUCGCAAGGCUAAUACUAAAAUGAUUAAAUCCAUGUUGUGAUAACUUGGAAAGCCAAUCCUAAAAAUGCAUUUUUUACACCUCUAUUUAUUCAUUAGCUGAGUCACUUUCUUUUCUCUCCAUUUCAGAGCUCAGCAUUAUCCAGGUGGAUGGCAAGACUGGGCGAAAAAUGAACAACAUAAUUGAUACAGUGAGAAAAAGACAGAGAAGGGGGAUUUUUCUUUUUUUUUUUUUUUGUUCAAUUAAAGUGAUACAGAGUACAAAAUAAGGGUGCAAAACAAGGAGGUAUGUGGAGGGUUUUUAUUAAAAAUGUGAUUUGAAGAUGUUUUUUUCUGAACUGUGAUACCCAAAGACUGAAACCAGAGGGCUCAGCGUACAACAACACUCCAGUCUUCUGAUAAAACGAACUACUGAUAAACCCUUUACAACUUCUUUACAAACUCAUAAAUAACCUGUGACUUUUUUUAACCUCAUUGCAAAAGUGAUAAAGAAGUGCUAACAGUUACCAGACUACCUAUGCAAAGGACUAUUUAACUGUGUUUGAUUGUAAUUUAAUAUGAAGUCUUCCAUCGCACAUUAUGAACAGCUCAACAUUUCAACUUGACGUACUGUAAAUAUUUAAUACCUUGUCGCACAAAAAUGGAAAUGUUCAGUUGUGCCAACAUAAUUCAAUAAAAGUAUGGUUUUGAUUAGCUGUGAUAUCAACUCA